AUGAUUGUUUGUGCUGCUUAUUCUCAUGAGCUUCCUAAAUACGGCAUCAAAUGUGGCAUGACAAAUUAUGCUGCAGCUUAUUGCACAGGCCUGCUGCUGGCUCGCAGGCUUCAUAACAAAUUCAGCCUUGACAAAGUCUACGAGGGUCAGGUGGAAGUAACUGGCGACGAAUACAACGUGGAGAGCAUUAAUGGUCAACCUGGCGCCUUCACUUGCUACUUGGAUGCUGGUCUCACACGAACCACCACUGGAAGUCUUUGGUGUUCUGAAGGGGGCUGUGGAUGGAGGCUUAUCCAUUCCUCAUAGUACGAAGCGUUUUCCUGGCUACGACUCUGAAAGCAAAGAGUUCAACGCCGAGGUUCACCGCAAGGACAUUCUGGGCCAGAAUGUAGCAGAGUACAUGCAUCUUCUGAUAGAGUAAGAUGAGGACGCCUACAAAAAACAGUUCUCACAAUACAUUAAGAACGGCAUCACCCAUGACCAGGUUGAGGACUUGUACAAGAAAGCACAUGCAGCCAUCCGAGAAAAUCCAGUGCAUGAAAAGAAGCCCCCGAGAGAAGUUAAAAAGAAGAGGUGGAAUCGUGCCAAAUUGUCUGUGGAACAGAGGAAAGACCGCAUUGCUCAGAAGAAAGCUAGCUUCCUCCGAGCUCAGGAGAAAGUUGCUGCAGACAACUAA